UUCAAGGUCGUUGGAGCGGAACGGCGGGCGACUUUGAAAGUAUCUGACUUUUUGUACGUUGCCACAGUUAUUUUCAUCUGGAUGCCAAUAUUUUGUCAUUUUAAGGGAUUCGUACGCUAAUAAAUGUCAUCAACAUCUCACGAACAAAAUCUCGGUUUAGCUGCCAAGCUGGUCGGGUCUAGCGUAUAUUCGGGUGGAGAUUUCGUCAAUUGUGAAAUAACUUUUCCUGGCAAUUGGGAUGCAGUUAAAGAGGAAUAUAAAUGGUUUGUUUUUUCUAUCUUUCUAAAUGUAUUUUGCUGUUUUUGUGUUCUCCGGUAACCAAUCCAUCUUGUUUAGUUGUACGAGAUGAAACAAAAGUCUGAAGAUAUGGGGAAGUCUAAUUUAUUUGAUCUGAUAUAUACGAUUAUCUUUGUGACCGGUUUUGUUCUAGGUUUUUUGUCUUUUCCGUUAUCAAGUGUUAUUUUUCUUCAUGAAUUCAGUCUGGCAUUGUGUUUUUCAACACAUUGCUUCUUGGGCUUUCGUAUCAAGUUAUUUGCCGUACCUAAUUUAAUUUCAUUGCAAAUAUCCUUUACCAAGGUGUUUGGAUGCUACCGUAUAAUAUCUCAAUUUUUAGAAUUAUCCUUACUGAUUUUCACUUAUAUGCUUCUCUCUUCUGAAGGUCACUUACUGGUAUUGUUGGCUGUAUCAUUGGUCAAUGUAAGUUGGAUAAUAAUCAACUAUCUACACAGAACCAGGCGUCCCCGAAAUCCUUGUCAUUUAGUACUUCUGAGUGGAAAUAUGAUUGUGAACUAAACUUCGAUGCUGAAUCAUUGUUCAUUUCUACAUUGGAGUCAAAAAGUCAGUUAAUAUGUAUCAUCCCAAUGCAUGUGAAAGUUAUCCCAAAUAAUCGUCUCAAAGGACCUGUCAAUUUGUGUGCUUAUCUACCGUAUAAUCUUUCACCUAGUAUUCGUGGCACGUUAUUUAAGUUCGCGUACAAGGUGGUUGUGGCAGUUCAAGUAAAAUAUCUGAACUCAGAUAUCAAGACGCAUACCAUUCAAUUGCCUCUUCGUAUUUUACCGUCUGCAAUAAUGUAUCACAGUUUAAGACUUCAAGAAUGUGACGACAAGAAAGAAGCAUAUUCGCCCGACGUGUCAAAUCCGUUUUGGGUUCCUGAUACCAGAAAUAAAGACUCUUGCUUUAAUUUUGGCUUUGAUGGAGGCUUUUCCUUUCAGUCACACAAAAUCAAUAGCUUUUCGUUUGAAGAUACGGAAACACAUACUACUAAGUCAGUCGGCCAAAUAUAUUCCGCUUUGUCUCAUAAUGUUUCCCGGUGUGAAAACUCGAACUGCUCAGAUCAUUCUCCAGAAAAAUCAAACAAAGUUUACAUCUAUCCCAGUUCACAUAUAGAAUUAAUGAAUCUGUUAGCAUGUUCACCACCCGCUAAUUUCGUGAUUUCUACUCCACGUGGAUAUGUCGGACGGUUAUCUUUCCAACGUACGUUAUACUGUUUAGGUGAUAUGGUACGGGGUUAUUUUGACUUUAAUGAGGCUGUUGUUAAAUGUCUUAGUUGUGUAAUACGACUUGAAAGUGAGGAAAGAUUUAUGCUUCACCAUGAAAAUCCUUUCCUCCUGCCAGACUGUAGAAUUAAAAGUAGAAGCGAUGAGAUUCAGAAUUAUUCUAUGGGAUGUCUACCUUUAACUAAAAUCGGUCAACCUUUAUGUACAAAUUUUCAACCUUUAGGCUCGACACAACAUACUACAUGGACAGAUAUAAAAUUAUAUUGUAUAUCUAAACUGUUGCUACCUUUUACAUUGCCUAUUCCAACAAAUAUCACGCCACAAUUUCAUUCUGUUAGUUUAACUAGUCCAUUUAUUUCCUUGGAUUAUCGAUGGCGUUUACACUUAGAGCUUGAUUUAAUAUCUGAUAAUAAUAGUAAAAAUGAUUUGUUAGAUCAUUUUCAAGGUAAAUCAUGUUUAAAAAGAGAUUACGGUACAGUAUGGACAAUUCCAUUUAACUUAAAAACUGAAAAAUUUGUGUGGGAUAUACCAACCCAGUUAGUAUAUUCAAAUCCUUCUGUGAUAGAUAAUUUAAGUGAUUCACUGAAACAUCCCGUUUGUAUAUCAGAUAUUUAAUAUUUUUUCUUUAUAUAUAUGUUUAUAUUUUGUCUUUUACCGAUUUAUUUUUUAAAACUUCCACUUAUGCUCAAAAUGUAAUAUUUUGCGAAUAUGUAUAUGUUAUUUGUAUAAUAUCCCAAAUACCUCCAUAUCUUACCUAGUAUAAAUUAUUUUUAUGGUACAUGGCUGUACUUUAUUGUGUGUAUAUAAAGUGGUUAAUUUUUCCAUUGAUACUAAUAAACUUUUUAAAAAAUACACAAAUUUAUCUUUCUGUACUCUGGUGUUUGAUGUACUUUAUGAUAUUUUCCAAGUUGGAGAAAUAAAAUAGGGAUGACGACAGUAGCGUAA